UAAACACACAAACAGCGCUAGAAGAAGAGCGGAUAAACGUUGUGGUGCAGUAUGGGUCGCGAGUCUCGACAUUACAGGAAACGUUCGUCGUCACGAGGUCGGUCUGGCAGUCGCUCUAAAAGCCGUUCUCCCAAUUCUAAACGUUCUAAGAAAGAUGAUCGAGCUCGAGAUCGAGGAAGGAGAGAACGCUCUCGAAGCAGAGACAGACGUCGAUCUCGAUCCAGAGAACGCAAAAGACAGAGGAGGUCGAGGAGUCGUGAGCAUAAACGUACCAGAAGUCGUGAGCGCAGGAGGUCCAGGAGUCGGAGUAAAGGACGCAGUAAAGAAAAGUCUGAUGCAGGUGAUCAGGUGGUAGAAAAGAAGAAGAAAGAGGAGAAGGAGGAGGAACGAGUGGAGGAUCAGGACUUUGAUCAGACGACUCUGGAGGAGGAGAUGAGGAAGAGGAAGGAGCGAGUGGAGAAGUGGAGAGAGGAACAGAGGAAGAAAGCCAUCGAGAACAUUGGAGAGAUUAGAAAGGAGCUGGAGGAGAUGAAGCAGGGCAAGAAAUGGAGUCUGGAGGAUGAUGAUGAUGAUGAUGAGGAAGGUCCAGCCUCAGUAGAACAUGAUGAUGGUGAGGAUGAGGAGGAAGAGAAUCAGAAGGAGAAGAAGGAGGAAGAGGAGAAGGUGAAGGAGGAGAAUGGUGAGGAGGAGCUGGAUCCUCUGGAUGCCUACAUGGAGGAGGUGAAGGAGGAAGUGAAGAAAUUUAACAUGGGGACCAUGAAGGGAGGAAAUGAUAAGAAGGGUGGAAUGACUGUAACAAAGGUGGUGACGGUGGUAAAAACUAAGAAAACUCCUCACACCACCAAGAAGAAAGGAGAACUGAUGGAGAACGAUCAGGAUGCCAUGGAGUACUCGUCUGAGGAAGAGGAAGUGGAUCUCCAGACGGCUCUUACUGGUUUCCAGACCAAACAAAGGAAAGUAUUGGAGCCGGUGGAUCAUCAGAAGAUUCAGUAUGAACCAUACCGCAAAAAUUUCUAUGUAGAAGUUCCUGAACUGGCCAGAAUGACACCAGAGGAGGUGAUUGAGUACCGGUUGGAGUUAGAGGGGAUCACAGUGAAGGGGAAAGGUUGUCCUAAACCCAUAAAGACCUGGGUGCAGUGUGGAACCUCCAUGAAAGUUCUAAAUGCUCUUAAAAAACAUAACUAUGAGAAGCCGACGCCCAUCCAGGCUCAAGCCAUUCCCACUAUCAUGUCAGGACGUGACCUUAUUGGCAUUGCCAAAACAGGAAGUGGAAAAACCAUUGCCUUCCUGCUGCCCAUGUUCCGCCAUAUUCUGGAUCAGACACCACUGGAUGAGGGAGAGGGGCCUAUAGCGGUGAUCAUGACCCCCACUAGAGAACUGGCUCUGCAGAUCACUAAAGAGUGUAAGAAGUUCUCCAAACCUCUUGGUCUGAGGGUGGUGUGUGUGUAUGGUGGAACAGGCAUUAGUGAGCAGAUAGCAGAACUGAAGCGUGGAGCUGAAAUCAUUGUUUGUACUCCGGGCCGAAUGAUCGACAUGUUGGGAGCUAACAGUGGACGAGUGACGAACCUGCGCAGAGUUACAUACGUGGUGGUGGAUGAAGCUGAUCGGAUGUUUGAUAUGGGCUUCGAGCCGCAGGUGAUGCGUAUAGUAGAUAAUGUAAGGCCGGAUCGACAGACAGUGAUGUUUUCAGCAACAUUUCCCAGAGUGAUGGAGGCUUUAGCUCGUCGCAUCCUCAACAAACCCAUCGAGGUUCUGGUCGGGGGGAGGAGUGUGGUGUGUUCAGAUGUGGAGCAACAUGUGAUAGUGAUUGAGGAGGAGAAGAAGUUCCUGAAACUGUUGGAGAUUUUGGGACAUUAUCAGGAGAAAGGAUCAGUCAUUAUAUUUGUAGAUAAACAGGAACAUGCUGAUGCUGUCCUGAAAGACCUGAUGAAGGCUUCCUAUCCCUGCAUGUCCCUGCACGGAGGUAUUGAUCAGUACGAUCGUGACAGUAUAAUUAAUGAUUUUAAGAGCGGCGCAUGUCGGUUGAUGGUGGCGACAUCAGUAGCAGCCAGAGGAUUGGAUGUGAAGCAGUUGAUCUUGGUGGUGAACUACAGCUGCCCCAACCAUUAUGAGGACUAUGUUCACCGUGCAGGGAGGACUGGUCGAGCUGGAAAUAAGGGUUACGCUUAUACAUUUAUCACCGAGAAUCAGGUGCGGUACGCCGGUGACCUCAUCAGAGCUCUGGAGCUGUCGGGGUCGGCGGUUCCUCCAGAGCUCGAGCAGCUUUGGGCCUCAUUUAAAGAGCAGCAGAAAGCGGAGGGGAAAAGCAUUAAGAGCAGCAGUGGAUUUUCGGGGAAGGGCUUUAAGUUUGAUGAGACUGAGCACGCUCUCGCUAAUGAAAGGAAAAAGCUACAAAAAGCUGCGCUCGGGCUUCACGACUCUGAUGAUGAGGACACCGCCCUCGAUAUUGAUGAGCAGAUCGAGAGCAUGUUUAACUCAAAGAAGCGGGUGAAGGAUUUGGCAGCUCCGGGUGGCGCCAUCCCUUCAGCUUCAGGACUCACAGCGCCUGCUGCAGGACUCGCCGGCCUCGCCGCGCCGUCACCAGGAAACAUCCAGAAACUGGAAGUGGCCAAAAAACUGGCAAUAAAAAUCAACGCCCAGAAGAACCUCGGAGCAGAAGCACAGGAUGUGAUGCAGCAGGCUACUAAUGCCAUCCUGCGAGGGGGAACCAUGAUCGCACCCUCCAUUUCUGCCAAAACCAUCGCAGAGCAGCUGGCUGAGAAGAUCAACGCCAAACUGAACUACACGCCCAUCGAGAAACUGGAGGAGGAACGACAGAGUGCAGAGCAAACCGAAACCGUCAAAAGAUACGAAGAGGAACUGGAGAUCAAUGACUUUCCCCAGACGGCGAGGUGGAAGGUGACGUCAAAGGAAGCUCUGCAGAGAAUUGGUGAAUAUUCAGAGGCUGCAAUCACCAUCAGAGGAACGUACUUCCCCCCGGGAAAAGAACCCAAAGAGGGAGAGCGCAAAAUUUAUCUCGCCAUAGAGAGUGCUAAUGAGUUAGCGGUACAAAAAGCUAAGGCUGAAAUUACUCGACUUAUCAAAGAGGAACUCAUACGCCUGCAAAACUCGUACCAGCCGACGGCUAAAGGCCGAUACAAAGUUCUGUAGACGGAGACGCUUUGAUGUUUGUUAUUUCUUCAUUAAAUCUGAUUUUGCUUUUUUAGUUUGAUGUAGAUGUGAUUUUGCUUUCUGUGUAAAACAAUCAGUACAUUAGGUUUUCUUUUACACAAUAAACACAUUUUAAACUGAAAA